GCACCUGCUCUGUCUGUAAUUGGUUGAAAGCUCAGUCAGAUUCCACCGCAGAAUUAUCGGAUUGAAAAUCAGGGAGGGGAGCUGAAAAAACUCAACGCAACCAACUCACAGCGAUGCAGUGCUUAAGUUUCUAAACAUCACAACGGAUUUCCAUGCGCCUUUCAACGCGAAGUUUGACACUAAAACAAUCAAAGGACUUUAAACAUUUUUAAGUUUUCAAUUUUUUUUCUCAGAAUCAUCAUGCCACGAUCAUUUUUGGUGAAAAGUAAAAAGUCUCAUAAUGUGCACCGACCCAUCGACACCGAGCAAAGUGAACAGAAACUCCCGGAUCCAACACCCAAGACAAUCCCAGUGCUGGUCCCUUUGGAACCAAAGGAAUGUAAUUCCCCAGAGCGGCCCAAGGUAGAUUCAGUCACCCGGCCAUCCCACAGAGACCCGUAUGACUUCAUCAAGUGUGAGCAAGAGCCAGACUGUCCAAUACCAUCCCUACCUGAGCUGCCUAUCACAACUAGACGGCCGUUUUACUUAUCUGAGCCUCAGCUGGCAGAGUUCCCUCCCUACUACAAGAGCUCUUAUACCUGGGAUCAUGUUCCUGCAACAUAUGACUUCAGGCAGAUGGGCUUCUCUCCAUCGCUCCUGCAGCACGCCAGCAGCCUGUACGGAGCUCAUCUGAAGCAGAGCUCUGAGCCUCAACAACCACUGGACUGCAGCACACACUACUCACCCACAUCUAACACCUACCACUGCAUUACCUGUGACAAGGUGUUUUCCACUCCUCACGGGCUGGAGGUACACGUCAGACGUUCUCACAGUGGCACACGUCCCUUUGGAUGCAGCAUCUGCAGAAAGAGCUUUGGCCACGCAGUCAGCUUAGAGCAACACAUGAACGUCCACUCUCAGGAAAGAAGUUUUGAGUGCAAGAUGUGUGGAAAGACCUUCAAGCGCUCCUCAACGCUGUCCACUCACCUGCUGAUCCACUCGGACACACGGCCGUACCCCUGUCAGUACUGCGGCAAGAGAUUCCACCAGAAAUCUGAUAUGAAGAAACACACCUACAUCCACACAGGUGAGAAACCUCACAAAUGCCAGGUGUGUGGCAAGGCCUUCAGCCAGAGCUCUAACCUCAUCACACACAGCCGCAAACACACGGGAUUCAAGCCGUUCGGCUGCGAGAUCUGUUCCAAAGGCUUCCAGAGGAAGGUGGAUCUUCGCAGACACCACGAGAGCCAGCACAGCCUUAAAUAACGGAGAUUGCAUAUGGAAACGAAGACCACCAAUGGCUAGAAAAAAGACUGUUGCUGUUCAGAGGAAUGUGUUUAGACUCAUAAAGGGAUAAUCAUUUACUCAACCUCAUGUUGUUCCAAAACAGCUUAAUUAUUAUUAACUUAAAACUAAAAGUACCACUAAAAAUAAAGUUUGGUAAUUGGAAUAAAUCUGGAAUUUAAUAAAUAUUGUAUGAAAAGCUUUAAAAAACUACAUGCAAAUACAUAAAUUAUGUAAUUGCAAAGAUUAACAAUGUUCAUAAAAAUAAAAAAUAAAACCUAAAUAAUAAAAUAAAGCAAAAAAAAGCUAAAGAACAUAAAAGUGACUUCAAAAUAUUCGUACAAAAAUACUAUAGAAUAUAAAACAAAUAAUAUAGAAUACACUGACACUGAGACAUUGUCAAAUAUCUGACAAAUAUCAGCUUUCGUGCUUCCUCAGAAAGCCAAAGUCAUACAGGUUUGGAACAACUUGAGGGGAGUCAAUUAUUGAAUUCAAAAUACACUUCUUUAUUCUACACAAAAAAGUCCAUCAAAUGUCCUUUUAAAUAUUAAACCAUAAUCAUAUGUCCAAACAUAUGUCUUUCAUUUCUGACCUUGCUUUUUAAUGCAGUGAAAUGAUUGCAUGUAAGCGUUUAGAUUGAUCGUUGAUUUUGUGUUAUUUAUAGAAGCUCUUAUCUCACAAUAAAUACUCACCUUUGAAAUCGGUGCUUGAUCGAUAAUUCAUAAAAGUGGAUUUUUAAAUCUAGUUGUGAGAUAAAGAGAUGGGGGAGGAGUGUGCGUACUGUAAAUGUGUAAAAAUCAGUCCUGGUAGCCUACAGUGAAAAAUGAGAAGAGUCAGCAAACACGGCUUUGCUGUGUUUGUCUUCUUGUGUCUCCGCCCUGUCGAGGAUCCGGAUACACAGUUCCGUUGGCCUUGCUCGUGGAUCUGCACACUGCUGGAGGCUGUGUGAAAUCUCUGGUGUGACUAGAGAUAAAGCUUCAUUCAAAUAGCUACCUGGAACUCUACAUGCAAAUCUCCCGCCUGGCAGGUUUGUAAACUUCACGCGGCUGAAUGAACGGACCUUCUGGGCCUGAGCUUGGCGGAGAAAGGCAAAGCAGCGAAACAAAGAAAUGUAUAUUUAUGAAUGCAAUGAUUCCUGUGAUUAAACUUUGACCAACUGGGACUCCUUAGUCUUAGUUGUGCAAACAUUUAGACUAAGAAAA